AUGCUUCUGUCGUCCAACCAGACGCUGGUGACGGCGUUCGUGCUGCAGGGCUUCUCUGAGCACCCUGGGCUGCGGAUGCCCCUUUUUGGCUGCAUCCUCUCCCUCUAUGCCAUUGCAUUCAUGGGAAACGCUGUGAUCAUUGCUGUGGUCAGCUGCAGCACUAGCCUCCACAGCCCCAUGUACUUUUUCCUGAGCCACCUGGCCACCAUGGACGUCGUCUGCACCUCAUCUGUGCUGCCCAAGGCGCUGGCGGGCCUGGCCUCUGACAAAAACACCAUCUCUUUCUCAGGGUGCAUGGCCCAGCUCUUCUUCCUCAUCUGGUCUGGGUCUUCUGAGCUGCUGCUGCUCACGGUCAUGGCCUAUGACCGCUACGUGGCCAUCUGCCACCCACUGCACUACAGCUCCAGGAUGAGCCUGCUGCUGUGCAGGGCGCUGGCCGUGGGCGUGUGGGCUGUGUGCGCCAUCAAUGCUUCGGUGCACACUGGCCUGAUGGUGCAGCUGUCUUUCUGCGGCCCCAACGUCAUCACACACUUCUUCUGCGAGAUCCCCCCGCUCCUGCUGCUCUCCUGCAGCUCCACACUCGUGAACCGCAUCAUGACUCUCCUGGCUGAUGCCUUCUUUGCAGUCAUGACCUUCCUGCUCACCCUGGCAUCCUACGGCUGCAUCAUCACCAGCAUCCUGCGCAUCCGCUCAGUGGAGGGCAAGCAGCGGGCCUUCUCCACCUGCUCCUCCCACCUGAUGGUGGUCUCUCUGUACUACUCGGCUGUGUUGUAUGCCUACAUCAGCCCAGCCUCCAGCUAUGGCCCUGAGAGAAACAAAGUGUCUGGAGUGCUGUACAUGGCACUGAGCCCCACUCUGAACCCCAUCAUCUACUCUCUGAGGAACAGGGAGGUCAAGCACGCCCUGAGGACGCUCACCUCACUUCUCAGAUGUUAA